CUUUGGGCAACAUUGCAUAGACAGCGCAACCGCAACGCAGAAAAUCAAUACACCGUGAUGUAUUCCUCUUUUUAAAAUGAGAACGUGACAAAACAUUAUUUAAUUCAUCGAAGAAACCAUUUUUAUUUAAAAAAAUAUCUGUUGAGACUUGAUGCUCAUUUUUUAUUUAUUUACAAAGUGAUGAGUAUUCUCAUAGCUACGGCGUGGUAGAACAUUCUGCGCGUAGAAUAUCUGCUUUUGCUGCAAAUUAUAAUUGUUAAAGGUUCUUGUUGAGUAAGGUCAAGAAUAUACUUUAUACACCAACAUAAUUAUAAGUUAAAAUGGAAGAAAUUAACGGGGAGCUUUAUGGCGAUGGCCUCGUCAGUCUCGGAGAUGAGGGUUCUCUGGAGUCUACUGAUAAUGGGAAGAAGGAGCAAAAUUGUAAAAUUUGCGACAAUAAACUAUGCAGUCCUCGUGUGUUGUCUUGUCUUCAUGUAUUCUGCGAAGCCUGCAUUGAUAAAUUGAUGGUCAAUGAAGCCGGAGAUUCACUUAAAUUUGAUCUGGCUGUGGAAUGCCCAAUUUGCAAUCAGGAAACUAAGAUACCUGGUGGCGGAGCUGCUUCACUACCGUCAGACUAUGUUCUUACCAACAUUUUGGAUGUUUCGGCUAUGGAUCAAUCCGUUGUGUGCACUUGUUGCAAGAGCAAGGAACCAGCUGUGGCUAGGUGCACUGAUUGUUCUCAUUUUCUUUGUUCCAAUUGCAACUCUGCUCAUGAAUUCAUGAGAUGCUUUGAAAAUCACAGAGUGGUACCGUUCGAUGCGCUAAGGUCUUCUAAGGAAAAAUCUGCCGUACACAAGCCGAUUUUUUGCACUCAACAUGCCGGAGAAAGCCUAAAAUUUUACUGUUGUGAAUGCGAAGUAGGUGCUUGCACCGAAUGCCUGACUGUGGAUCAUAAAGUAGGUGAACAUCGUUGCGAGAGAAUUGUUGAUGCUGAGCUCAACAUUCGUGCAGAACUUCGAAACUUUAUCGUCGAAGCUAACACUCGAGCAGCAACUGCGGGCAGCGCGUCUGCUAAACUUGAUGACGCUCUCGGAGAUCUGCAACAUCAACGCGAUGAAGCCGAAAAUGUCAUAAACGAGGCUUUUCGUGCUUAUAAACUAGCCAUCGAAAGGCGUCGUGAGAAAGCUCUAGAAGAACUGGAGCGUCUCCACAAGGAAAGGGAAUUGAAAGUGAUGGAUUUAUAUGACCGGGUAGAUAAAACGGUUCAACGCAUAGAUUGUGCUUGCAAAUUUACGGCAAGGUUGCUUCGUCGCGGAGAUGGCACUGAAAUUGUUAUGCUAAAGAAAACUGUCGCUUCUCAAUUUGCUCGUUUACUUGAAGGCGCACCAGAAUUCGAUGUUGAUUAUUCUCUGGAGUUUGUAUCGAAACUAGACAAAUUCGAUACAAUUGUUGAAGAUACAUUUGGAACAUUUCGAACUGAAACUACUCGAGCAGAAGAACGCAAACGCGCUAGCGAGUCAUCUGCUAUUGUAUCUAUGCCAUCAAAUUCUCACUCGCCUGCAGUGUCUGUGACAAAUGCUCCUGUAUUUGAUGAUUUUACUUUGGCAAAUGUACGACGCGUAACCGGAGUUUCGGGCGUUGGAAGCAUGGUGGGAGUUUCCGGAGUCGGCGGAGUUCCUGGUAUAGGAGUGGGCGCUGUGCCUGGAGUGGGCGUAUCUAAUACCAGUGUACUCCCUGGCGGAGUAAACUUAAACAGCGUACCGGGUGUGAGCGCCGUCGCUGGUGUAGGCGGUGUACCCGCGCUGCCAUCAAUGGUGGAAUAUAAUUUGCAACAACUGGCCAGCAUCGCAGAAAAGGAUGUGCCGCCGCCACCCCAUGCAUCGCCAGCCCCAUCUUUUACUCUCGCUGAACUCCUUGCGGGAGACCUGAACUCUCCUCAAGCGUUCAACAAUUUGCAAGCUCUUGCCAAACUUGGAUUAAAUACUGAAGUGAAUGGAUUUGGCGGUGUUGGUGGUGUAGGCGCCGUGGGUGGUGUGGGAGGUAUCGGCGGAGUAGGUCCUCGUGGCGUGUCCCCUGGACGACCUCUACUAACUGCUGCAGAAGAAGCGGCACUUGUGGCCCCGCCUGCUCCCCUUGUGCGUUCUAACAAGGCCACCCCGAUGCAUAUUAGAUUCAAGUUUGGCCAACUCGGUGGAGGCAAAGGCCAAUUCAACUCCCCACACGGAUUCUGUCUUGGAAACGAUGAAGACAUAAUUGUCGCCGAUACCAAUAAUCAUCGCAUUACGGUGUUUGACAAGUCUGGCAACCAUAAAUUUAAUUUCGGAAUUGCCGGUAAAGAAGAAGGUCAGCUGUGGUAUCCCCGUAAGGUUGCUGUCGUCCGUGCUACUGGAAAGUUCGUCGUUUGUGAUCGCGGCAAUGAAAGAUCGCGUAUGCAAAUUUUUACCAAGAAUGGACACUUCUUGAAGAAAAUUGCUGUGCGAUUCAUCGACAUCGUCGCUGGCUUGGCUGUGACUGCUGAAGGACUCAUUGUCGCUGUGGACAGUGUGACCCCUACUGUUUUUAUAUUGUCUGAGGAAGGUGACCUCAUGAGCUGGUUUGACUGCAGCGAGUGCAUGAGGGAGCCAUCGGAUAUUGCUAUUAGCGGCAAGGAAUUCUACGUAUGUGACUUUAAGGGUCACUGCGUAGUAGUUUUCGACGACGAGGGCCGUUUCUUGCGCCGCAUCGGGUGCGAGAACGUGACCAACUUCCCGAACGGCAUCGACGUGUCGGACGCCGGGGACGUGCUCAUCGGCGACUCGCACGGCAACAAGUUCCACGUCGCCGUGUUCUCACGCGACGGCGUGCUCGUCACUGAGUUCGAGUGCCCUUAUGUCAAGGUUUCUCGUUGCUGCGGAUUGAAAAUAACCUCUGAAGGAUAUAUCGUCACUCUGGCUAAGAAUAAUCAUCAUGUUCUAGUCCUCAACACCCUUUACAUUGUCUGAGGAGUUACUCGAUUGAUGGCUGUAAGUCUGCAUACUACAAGAUCUCACAUUUAUUCCCUAUAUAUUUAAUAUUAAUUGCUGUUUUACAAAGCUUGUCAUUUUUGCUAAACCAGUAUUUGAACACUUAUUACGUUAUUUUGUGUUAAACUUCAUGUUAGUUUCAUUCUAACGUUGUCCACCAGCAGUGAUGCAUUUGGUGAUCCUUUAUAAUAUGCUUCGUGAUUUAUGUUUGGUGGCAUGUAGGUAUUAGAGUAUCAAAUUCACUAGUAUUGCUGCUGUGGACAGAUUACAAGUCAUUAUUUCCAAAGUACUGAUUACUUGCGUAUAAUUUGGUUUGUUCAUCUUUCAUUUUUAUUUUACGGUUGCAUUUAGUUAUAGUAACAGAAAAUCCAAAGGUUAGUAUAAUUAUUACUUUAAUUUUGUUUUCAAUUUAGUCCACUUAUAAUAUGUUAUAUUUGGUCAUGGAAGGUCGGAAGUUUCGGUUUGUCAUCAAAUGUGUAUCAACCUCGCUGUUAUCCUAACCCAGUGCUAUAUAAUAACAUACGUAUGUACAUCACACGACUACGACGAUUUUAUUAAUAGCGUACGUAGAUUUAGUUACAAUCGACGUUAAAUGUAGAUAUCUUUAAAAAUAUUAUGUAUAGGCCGAAACUUAAUAUUGUAUUGAAAUAUACUGCCAUAACCAAAUUUAACUAAAAUUCCCAUCGACAGGACUUCUGAUUUUGUUUCUAAAUUUAGCAGCUGGUAUGGUUCCUAGUUCGAGUGAAGUUAAAACAUGUCAAUUAGGGGACUGCGUAGGAGUGUCGCCUCAAAUUAAACACUCUUUAUUUCAAAUCUUUUGCCCAAUAUACGUAUUAUUUAGAUAUUAAAUUUUAUUUUUGAGACCAACGGGUUGUUUGAUAAUGAACAAAUAUAAACGCACAAUUGAGUUCGUUACGAAAUUUUAGUCUUGUUGUGACCAAAGGAGGCGACACCAAAAUAACGUGCCAUCUAGUUUAGGUUAAUCUCGUAUACAAUAUUAUAUAUUGUCCGUUGAAAAUGUUAUAUUUACCAUUUACAGAAUUCUUGUGUGUAUACAAAAUGUUUUUCGUGUACUCUUGUUUUGAGAGCCUAUAACAUAUUUGAAAAAUUUCGAUUCGAUAGGCAUUACAUUACUAUCAACAUGAUUAAGUUUAAUUUGUGUAAGUGGAGUUCAACAAAAUAAUACAACAAUAUAUCUUAAAAGAAUUGCUUAUGUCAAGUAGUAAUUUGCGGCAGCGUAAUAUGGAUAGUCACAGUAUAAACUCUAACAUUGCUUCAUCUCAUUUGGCAUGUUUUUGUAUACAAGCACUUUUCUUGAUAUAAUUUCAAUCAUGAGUUUUAUUUCUUCUUUCAAAUGUAAUACGAGCUGUUAAAAUUAUAUAUUGUACGUAUGUGCUUAUAAAGUAAGAAUAGCGAUACUUAUUAGGCGCUCCGGGCACUUUCAUGUUAUGUUAUUAGUAUCUUAAAAUCUUGUCACGUAAUAAUGCAUAUGUAAUGAAAUAUCUAUCGUAUACACGUCUUUUAAAUACGUGACGUUACAAAUAUAAGCAAUAUGUACUCGUAUUAUGUUUGACGUACAAAUAGCAAAAAUAAUAUGUAUAUGUAUAUAUCUAUUGAGUAUGUAUAUUGUAUAUAUUUUUAUAACUAUCCAUGUUUACAUUCAAAAUUGAAAAUUUAGUUUUUAGGAAACAGAUGUUACAAAUAACAAUUAAUAAAUAACUACACGAUAUAAUAGAUGUUCACACUUUUGGGUUUUUAAUAUUAAGCAUUUUCGUUAAGUGAUUCGAGUAGAAUUAGAUUCAGCGAUAAUAUACAAUAUUUUGAUAUUGUAAUUCAAGUAAUGGUCACUUACAAUUUGUGCGUGUGCGCGAAAGUGUUACGUUGAAUCCACGGUGUUUCAGCUGUAAUGGGCAUUAUGAACAUAUUGUAAAAAGAUUUAAAAAAAUAAUCAUCGUCAUUAUUGCUAUUUAGCGGGAACAGGAAUCAAUGUCGAGGGAAAACCUUUAUUUUUAUUACCUCUAUUAAGUCACCAUUCACGAAUAUAUUGUACAUGACCAUUAUUUUGAUUUGCAGCAAUAACUUUUUGUUUGGACGUAGUACUUAACAAAACCACCUAAAAUUUUUAGUGUGAUAUUUUAUUUGCAGUCAAUUUUAAUUGCAAAAGGAUGCUCUCUAAUUUAUUGAUUCUACAAAUGUUCAGUGUCAUGAUAGGUUUGUUUAAACUCUAUAUUCUCGUUUGAGUUUAAAAUAAUAUUACGUCGCUUUUAGAUGAUGCAGCAACGAACCUACGUCUGUCACAGAUUUUAAUUUUUAUUCAUUCUGCUAUACUGUUUCUUAAUGAGAAUUACAAAUAUUUGGAAAUUAUUCUAUUAUAUAAAUUAAUGUUGUACUUAAUUAGCAGUAGGUAUUUAUUUUAUGUAUUUGUUGUGUAUUGGAACACUUUUACAAUAUUCGAUACGCAAAAUUUGAUGUGAUAUAAGCAAUAAUAGAGAGACAUAAUGAAUCAACUUAUUAAGACUUAUGUGACUCAAUAUUUUGAAAGACACGUGUGUAGGUCGUUACGUGGCCGAGGGGAAGCCAGUUAUAAUUUAAUUUGACAUUUGAGUCUGAAUCCUCUAUUAAUUAGUAAGUAACUUUUGGGUUUAUUUUUCAUAUUGUUUUUAAGUUAUUUGUUUCAGGAUUUUUGUCCCGAUAGUAUUAGGGAAUUUUAUUUUCUUUAUUUUAACUAAGUUUUAAAUAAUGAGUCCACAUACCACUCGCGAAUGUGCAAGUGUGAUUAAUACUCUUAUUUUGUCGUUUUAUUGUUUUGUUUAAUUGUAAUAUGUUCUGGGCCUAUUAUAUAAAUAGUAUUUUGGCCAGUGUGUUUUAGGCCUUUAGAGUUACGAAUUUUACUGCCAAAUUAUUUUCUUACUAUAUUUGUGCAUGCACAUAGUAAUUAUUUUAUUGUAUAAUAUGUAAAAAUUAGUUAUUGAUUGUUGCCAAUUUUUUGUUUUAAUAUCCAGGGUUUUAAUAUUAUAAUGUUCAAUUUUUAAUUCGUUGUCAUUUUCAAAAUUAUUGUGUGUUAGUGAAGUAAAAUUAACCGAAAUAGAAACUUAUUAUUGCCCCAAAGGGAGCGUUUGACGCUAUUAAUAAAUAUUGCUUUAGGGUUGCAUAAAAUGAUUAAAAAGUGGUGUGAUAAGUUUUGGAUAAUUUUACAAAUUAUACUAUUUUAUGUGUGAUUUCCAAUUUGAAAAUUUCAAAGAUGAAAGCGAUUAUAUUAUAAUCCUUUGAAAAAGUUGCAGUAAUUUUUCCAACAUUCGAAAGUAUUAUUAUUUUUUAUUUCCUUUGGUUAUGGUGAUAAUUCAUCGUUGAUUUUUCUCUGUUCUUGCCAUAUAUCUUACGUAGGGAUCAGAGUAGAAAUUUUUGUAGAAGUUAGUAUUUUUCAAUUGAUAUACACAUAACAGUAUCACAAGUUUGCCUAUAUGGUGGUGUUGUUUAGAAAUGUUUAUUAGUGGUUGGUGCGGAACACGGCGGGUAUUCGCCGUGUCUGCUUGGCUGUAUAAUUUGCCGUAGAAGUAAGCACUACGUCGUGAAUUUAAAGGCGGGUCAAAUGGUAUUUAUUGUCCAUUGACAUUACUUGAUAAUAAUUGUAUCAUUAGAGUACAUUACAGUAGCCUUUCUCGGGAAUCUUAAAAGUUACCUAUAUACACUUUAAAGCAAUUUUGGUAAAUAUAUUUCUCUUGAAUCUAUAUUCCUUUAUGUAUCCAGCAAUAAAUAAUUCAGUAGUUGUGUAGUAUCACUGUAUAUGGCACUGAAGGCCGCAAACGUGUUUGGUGUAUGAGAUUGUGUUAAGCGUUCGGGUAGAAGUUAGGAAGUGGCUGGUUUGCGCUGUCGGUGUCAAAUAUAGUGGUAGUAGUAGGGUUCGCAGCGCACAAGGUGAGCUCUAAUGUUAACUCUCCCUAUUGGAGGUGGGCGUAUUGCCUAUUAGUGGCACCAAGCACAGCUCGUUGGGUUCCGGUGGAGUAUUAUGGCAUUACAAAUCGAAUCUACCAUGAAUCAUAUUACUUGACUGUGGGUGGGUUCCAGUAGAAUACGUUUUAGUUUUUGACAAUUCCACUAAUUAAAUAUGAUAAUUUUUGAAAGAGCAUGCUCAAACUAUUGAAGCAAUUUAAUUUUAUUCACCCACCUCACCGGUUUUAUCUCCACGUAACUAAUAAUAAGGUUGUGAGCUCUAUUCCCAUUGGAAUGUUAAGCCACAUGUGUGCUUGUGCAAUAAAUAUCACAGUUUGGAUCUAGGCUUUUAAAUUAUUAUAGAUUAUAUACAUUGUUGAGCUGAUUAUAAAAAUUUAAUAUAUUAUUAUACCUUUUAAUAUAUUGUUAAAGAAUUCUAAUUGCAUUCCACAUCUAGAGUGAACGAAUUUGAGAUGACAGUUUUCAGUCUACAUUAUACAAGUUAUUUUUUUUACAAUUGUAGGAUUAUUAGCAGUUGCCAAUGUUUUUCCUUUAGUCAGUAAAAGUACAAAUAUUUUAAUAUACAAUUCUUGGUAUUUACGUAUUGUAGUGAUCUUUAUUUUAAUUGAUUCUCUAACUAUAAGCAUAAUUUUUUUCGUGUAAGCGGCCAUUUAGAUAUUUCUCAUUUCACAAAUUAUUCAGUAAAUAACAAAACAUAUCAUACCGAAUCAAUUUAGUUUACAUAGAAAUUGUCAGCAACUCUGGUGUUUUACAUAAUCGGUUUAGGUGUACCGUAAAAUGGCUAUUUCUUUUAUUUUUAAAAUUAGUCUUUAAGUAUAUGGUAGGUAACAUUUUCUUAUUUUUCUUGUCAUUUUUAUGUUUAUAAUGUAAAAUUUAUGUAAUAGUUAGUGUGAAAGGUGCAAGUUCCAUAUGCAUACCUAAUUUUGAUCCAAAGAUUUCAAUUAUUCCUUAUAUAAUUUAAUUAUUUUAUUCUCAAUAUACAAAAAUGACAUUUGUGGAGUGUGCAUCGGUAUUUGAUACUAGGAUUAACAUGAAUUUAUUCUGUAGAGUUGGUGCAGCCGAGCAAAUCUCUACUAUAUUCUCUUAAGAAUAUAUUGCUCAAUAAUUUAAUUCUGUUAAAGUAUUUUAAACUUAGGUGUAGUCCACGUCGAGGUUAGUGUGAAUGUGGACUUCCGACACGAAAUUAUAUCUAACAGACAAUACCCUCCGUAAACAUUGGAAGAUAUAAUAACUAUAAAAGUUGAAGUUUCAUUAGAUGUAGUUGUUUGCCUUCACGGCGGCUUGCCGCAGAGUGCAAGCUGCACGGGGCUCCAGCAGCAUCAACACACGGCAAUGUCACCGGGUCUGAAACCAUUAUACUACACUGCUUGUAUGUACUUAUUACAAGCAACAUGAUUACCACACAAACAAGCUUUGCACUCAUUUAGCUUAUAUCCGAUUUGUCUUUUUAUAUAUACUUACCACGAACGAAAGUAAUGGCAGUUUAGAUAAUGUCUUCAGUACACCUUGUGUCAUGGUGUUGACUGCACAUUUAUAAUAUUUUGCCCCACAGUCAACGAAUAAUUGUUAUAUUGUAAUCCAUACAGGAGUCUCUGCUGCAUUGUGCCUAGAUCUUAGAAGUUAAUAGUAUCAAGGUAGAAUUAAUCUCAAAUAUUUUGGCUCUUUGAAUAUUCCAUGAUAUUAUUUUGUUUUUCAUGAAAAUGUAUUUAUAUUAUAUACAUACAUACACUUAGUAAUAUUGUAUACAUGAAUAUACAUUGCGUGGUUUGUAACUUGAUGUUUAAUUUUAUUGUAAAAUUAAGAUGCCCAACUGGUUGUCUGUCCACAUGUAGGGAGAUGUGCUGGAAUUGAGUGCAUUGGGUAUUAUUUAAGCUGCUUUUUUAGUCGCAACCGUUUUGAUGUUUAUUGUGGACAGAAAUAAAUUUAUUUAAACUGGUUGCACAUCUUAUUUUGACCAAUUUCAUUCACCGCUGAUGUUACUUGAGAAUUUGGACGUUUGUGUCAUUGCACUCAUUCUUUUUAGUUUUAUUUGUGGCGAGUGCAAGUUUUCACGUGAUCUUAGCGGUCUUAUAAAAAUAAGUCUUUAAACGUGAACUGUGGCCAGGAUAACAACAGCACAGAGCAGUGUAAUUCAGAGCCUGCCUAAAAUAUAUUUUUGUCAUGAUUUUAUUUAGGUAUAUACAUGUUAUUAUUCACAUAUUACAGUUUUCUCAAUAUUAGCUUGUAUUUUAAUUAAGAAAUAAUCAUAUUUAACAUUGCCAGGUGAUCAGCAACCUGCACUUUAAUAUUUUUGGAAACUAUUGAACUUAAAUUGUACUGACUUUAUAAAUAUAUUUACUUCAAUAAAGAUUUUCCAUGCCACUAAAA